ACCACCAGGAACAACAACGACCGCCUUAUUAUGCCAUUCUUGGGGUAUGGCUAUAUAAAGACAUAAUCCCAGUUCAACGACGGAAAGAUAUUAUGAUAUUUGAGUGAUACCGUUACAGUGAGAUUGCAUGAUUGUAUCGCCGAAACGCAGCCUUGUUCUAAUAUUCAGAUCAGAAGUCGCACAUUGAGGUGGAAUGCGCGCCAUUGUUGUUUGUGGAAAAUGCUUUAAAGGGAUUUGAAAGAUGUCAAGAUCAAUGAGAUUUAUCUUGUAUACUCAACUGCUUUUGAUACCAAUUCUAGUCAAGGAAUCAUUCCAACAAAUCCAUGUUUUUGAUUGUCCGUCCGACUGGGUCAGUUCCUGGUCGGAGUGCUAUAAGUUUGUCAGCUUUCCCGAGGAAUCACACGAGAAUGCGCGAGCUGCAUGCGCAUAUCACGGAGCGGCCUUGCUAAGCGUGGACAGCAGCCAGGAACAUAACUUCAUCAGUGAUAUGAUACAGAGGCUGGAUCCCUACCAGCGGUCAUGGUACACAAGCGGGGUACAGAAGUCUCAGGCAACUGGCACAACGACUAUGUCCAGCCAAGCCUCGUUUGUGUCUGGUCAAGGGUCACUUCAAUCCCCAUCCGGGUCACAGGGUCAAGAUGAUGACAUCAAUUCAGCCUCCAAUUCCCAGUCUGAGUCUGAAUCGAUGAUCGGUUCUUACAAGUGGCUGGGUGACGGAACGGUCGUUGGAUUUGACAAGCAGUUCUGGCUUCCGGGUACAGACUUCACCAAAGGGGAAGUCAUUGUGUAUACAUAUGGGGUGAUCGGCUAUGGAUGGAGUCUGGUGCACCCGGGGGACAAACUGCCUUACAUCUGUGAGAUUAGCAUGGCGGAGUCGUACCGCAUCGUGCACAUCGAACGGGACUACGAUUAUGGCAUUAAGACAUACGACCCGAACGAGUUGCUUCGAGGCCCAGCGUUUGUUACCCAGCCCGAGAGUUUGGUAGUGGUCGGCAAGUCAAUCAAUGCAGUUAUUGAAUGCACAGCCACUGGAAACCCCCGACCUCAAUACAAAUGGUUCACCGGACCGAAUUUUGAAACGGAAGUGACACCUGAAGUUAGUUCGCGGUACACAUUAACCAAUGGGAAGCUAAUCCUUGAAAACCCAAACGAAAGCGAGGACGCUGAUCUAUACAGGUGCUCGGUAGAAAACAAGUUCGGCAAGAUCCUGGGAAACCCCAUCCAGAUCUCAUUUGGAAAUCUUGGGGAGUUCUCCAACGUCCCAGACGCUGCCGUCCGCGCCAAGGCCUAUGAUGGAGUAGCCAUACAGUGUAGUCGGAUCUCCUACAGGCCAGCUGUGAAAUACCAGUGGUUGAAAGGAGACACGAGGACGUUCGUGAGACCGCAGAUGCAGCCAUACAUCUUCAUCUCAGCCAAUGGGAAGCUGUAUUUCUCCGAGGUGACUCGGAUUGAUGAAGGAGAAUACCGGUGUAUUGCUAUCUUGACUGGGCGCAACAGGCAUUCUAUAGGCACGUCGCAACCGCCAACCAGAACCAGUUUGCCCAUCCCACUUCUAGUACAUGACCAAGCGGCCAAAGCUGACUGGGGACCAGAGAUCCAGAACGAUUUCAUCGCAGUGUUUCCUCAACCGCCUUUAAGAAGCCAGGAUGUCAGACUCGAAUGUUUCGCAUACGGAUCAUCAACCACUCAGUUUCUGUACCAGUGGCACAGGUCAGGGCGACCCAUACCCCGGUCAGCCAAGCUGCUUGACCACAACCGUGCGUUGGUGAUAGAGGACGCCCAGCUUGAGGACAGUGGAAACUACACCUGUACCGUCAGUAGGGGCACUUCGGCCAGAGACAGCAAGUCGUACUACCUGGAUAUAGCAGCAAAGCCCUACUUCAUCGUUCCACUCCAAAACCAGCACGUGGACAUCAACUCCCAGCUGACCUGGCGCUGUGUGGCCCGUGCUAGCCCCACCCCAAUAUACAUGUGGUACAAGAACGGCGAGGUACUACAGCCUGUCCCUGGGGACACCCUCGUCACUGGCUCCACCCUCACCAUCCUGAAGCUCAACCCAGAGAAACACAAUGGCAUGUACCAGUGUUCAGCCAGAAACACCCAUGGGGAAACCAUGAGUGCCGCGCAACUCCGAGUGCUGUCCAUCGCGCCUACGUUCAGUAAGCACCCGUUGCCUCGGUUCACCAAGGGGGCGGUUCGAGGCAACGUGACUAUAAUGUGUGAGCCAGAGGGCGCUCCUCAGCCAACGAUCACGUGGUUUAAAAAUGGCGCCGCACUUCCGGAAAAUUCAGGUCACUACCGUCAACUGCGCAAUGGAUACAUUGUCAUCACAGACCUUCAAGCAUCAGAUGGAGGGACGUACAGAUGUACAGCAACUAACGACAAUGGGGAAACAUCAAGUUCCACACAACUGACAGUCAGCAGACAAACAAGAAUCACUACACCUCCAACUAACACGAAAGUGCUGGUCAACACGACUGCCUUCUUUUACUGCCAGGCAUCGUUCGAUUCUCAUCUUGACAUGGUGUAUGUGUGGACAUUCAACGGCAGGUUGAUCGACUUUCAUGACCACAAACACUUUAUACAGGACAAUAAUCCCGUGAAGCCGGGUAUUUACAUCCGGAAUGUAGGCUUUAAAAACGCCGGGGAGUACAAAUGUACGGCGGAAACAACCCUGGAGGAAGACAGCAGGACGGCCAGGCUCACCGUCAUGGGGCCCCCGGGGGAGCCGGCAGGUGUGUUUGUCGAGGCAGGCAGCGUGACCAGUCACGGGGCCCAAGUACGAUGGUCUCCGGGUGCGUCACGUGGACGCGAUAUACUGUACUAUAUCAUCGAAACAUCCACCAACUUUGACCCGAAAUGGAGAGUUAUAGUCCAGAAUCUCCCAGAUAUGAUGACUCUCAAUGACGCGGAGUCACUACAACACAUACGACAAGCGGACGUUGUGGGGCUCAAACCAGGAAACGGUUACAGAUUCCGAAUCAGAGCUAUCAACCAGUAUGGGAUUGGGGAUCCGAGUCUGCCAUCAUCAUUUAUACAGACCCCGAGUGCCCCACCCAUCAAAGCCCCGGACAAUGUGAGGGGAGGGGGAGGAAGUGUGGGGGACCUGACCAUUGCGUGGGACCCGAUGCCCCCCGAUGACCAUGGAGGCCCCGGUAUCGGCUACAACAUCUACUACCGACUCAAAGACGGCAAGGAUGGACUAUGGCAAUACGGCAAGGUCAUCGGCAACCACGAAAAGUACGUGUCUCUCGUGGGAAAUGAUUAUUAUUACCUGGAAUAUGAGGUCAAAGUUCAAGCCUUCAACGUGAUGGGCCGCGGUCCCAACUCCACCAUUGAAAUCGUGUACUCUGCUGAAGCUUUGCCUGUGGGGGUGCCGUCCAACAUCGGGGCCGACGGCUAUAACGGGACCUGCCUGGAGGUGUGGUGGGACCCAGUUCCGGACACAAGGGAGUUCAUGAAGGGACGGGUCCUAGGGUACCAGAUCAACUACUGGCCGAACGAUGACAGUGAUCCGACUGACUGGAUGCAGUUCAUCAGGUUCCCCGGCCAGGUCAGUGAAGGGAUGAUCAUCGGCCUGGAGCAGAACGGCUGGACAUGGAUGGACGUCCAGGUGUACAACUCGGCCGGACUCGGACCACGGAUGGAGCCCUACACCCAGGAGACCUUGCAUCACGGUAGGUCACUGCUGACCCCAGGUAUCCUGGCUCAAGUCUCCCUGGACAAGGGGGUGCUGUACGCCCUCAGGAUAGCCGGGGUCAGCCCUGGCGGCGAUGGCAAGAAAACCCCCACUAAGUAUUUCACUCUGGGGGGCUCUGUGCGGAUCGACUCCACAAUGGCGUCAUCAAUGACAAUCAGAGCCGGAACAGUGAGACUCCAAGCACCACUAACGGCUCUCCUCUUACCGUUAUUGCUGGCACUGCAUCUACUCUGGAGACAAGGAAACCUGUAGGCGACUCUUCCAUAAAGAUUCUAUUUCCUUGUGUCUGCAUUCCGAGACAAAACCACGCGGGUAUUAGCCAAUUGAAAGCGACAUUCAUGUGCUUGUUUACAUCCGCACUUGCUGGGUGGGAAGCUGCUCUGGUUUGCGUUUACAGAUUAACGUCCUACUCACUUACAUAACUAACUGGAGGAACUACAACGUUCAUCCAAGACGGAUGCGAUGCUAACACCGUCAUGUCUGAAUGCACAUACUUGGAAUAUUCAUCGCGCUGAAGAACUGGAAUUUAAUUAUAGGAGCCAGACAUCUUAAUUUGUGAAAUGCAAAGGCGUUUCUCAUCAUAAAAAGUCACAAGAGGAGUUUUCAAAUAACCUACUUAACUCGAACAUAUGUCGAGUUAAAUGUUGUUCGAAACAAACGGAGCUUCGACCAUUUCAUCAUUAAACCUGUCACUUUGAAGGCAAAGACGUUUCUUUUCACAAAUAGUCAUAAUACGAGUUGUCAAAUAACCUAGUCUAGUGGUUAAAGCGUUCGCUCGUCAUGCCCAAGGCCCGAGUACAAUGGGUACAAUGUGUGAAGCCCAUUUCUGGUGUCCCCUGCCGUGCUAGAAUAUUACUCCAAGCGACCUGAAAACCAUACUCACUCACUCGAACAUCGAUCGAGUUAAAUGUUGUUCGAGACAGGCGGAGCUUCGAUCAUUGCAUCAUUAAACCUGUCACUUUGAAAGCAAAGACGUUUCUGAUCAUAAAUAGUCAUAAUACGAGUUGUUAAAUAACCUACUUAACUCGAACAUAUAUCGAGUUAAACGUUGUUCGAGACAAGCGGAGCUUCGACCACUGCACCAUUCGACCUGCCACUGGGACCACUGUAACGAUACACAGAGUUUAACUAGCUUUACCUCGAAGUUGAUGUGUCGAUGUCAACAAAGCUUACAUGUAUUACAGGUUCACUCUUUUACAACUUACAGCAUGGUGCUUCAUGUCCUAUUUAUAAAACCAUUUAGCUAUAGUUGAUGUACGUUCAUCAAGCGAAUACCGACUGAAAGGCGAAACGCGUUCUUGACACCGCUCCAAAACAUCCCUGAUACUGGAUGAUAAACAUCAGAUCGUAUUAUCACCGCCAAAACAUCUAUGCAAAUAAUUAUUGAAGAAUGUUAUUCUUGCUUGUAAACGAUGCGUAAUACUCAGAAUCAUUAUUUUGUUUACAUGUAGCAGUCAUAUCGUUUGGAAUGUAUAUAUCAUCCUGGUGCCUUCCAAUGUCAGUCUGUCACAUGUUUGUAAUAAAAGAAGAAUACAUUCCUAAA